UCUAAACCUUAACUAGCUGUAUAAACUUUAUACUCAGUGCCUUAGGUUUCUCAUCUAUAAAAUAGAAAUGUUAAGAACUGUUCAAAGAUCUAAGAAUUGGGCUUGAGAACCGAGCGGAGCUGGUUGAGCCUUCAAAGUCCUAAAACGCGCGGCCGUGGGUUCGGGGUUUAUUGAUUGAAUUCCGCCGGCACGGGAGCCUCUGCAGAGAGAGAGCGCAAGAGAUGGACAUGGACAAACGGAUUCAUUUAGAGCUGCGGAACAGGACGCCCUCUGAUGUGAAAGAGCUCGUCCUGGACAACUGCCCAUCAAUCGAAGGCAAAAUCGAAGGCCUCACAGAUGAAUUUGAGGAACUGGAGUUCUUAAGUACAAUCAACAUAGGCCUCACCUCAGUCGCAAACUUACCAAAGUUAAACAAACUUAAGAAGCUUGAACUAAGCAAUAACAGAAUCUCAGGGGGCCUGGAAGUAUUGGCAGAAAAGUGUCCAAACCUCACGCAUCUAAAUUUAAGUGGCAACAAAAUUAAAGACCUCAGCACAAUAGAGCCACUGAAAAAGUUAGAAAACCUCAAGAGCUUAGACCUUUUCAAUUGUGAGGUAACCAACCUGAACGACUACCGAGAAAAUGUGUUCAAGCUCCUCCCGCAGCUCACGUAUCUCGAUGGCUACGACCGGGACGACAAGGAGGCCCCUGACUCGGAUGCCAAGGGCUACGUGGAGGGCCUGGAUGAUGAUGAGGAGGAUGAGGAUGAGGAAGAGUAUGACGAAGAUGCUCAGGUAGUGGAAGAUGAGAAGGAUGAAGAGGAAGAGGAGGAAGGAGAAGAGGAGGAUGUGAGUGGAGAAGAGGAGGAGGAUGAAGAGGGUUAUAAUGACGGGGAAGUGGACGAUGAAGAAGAUGGUGGUGAAGAAGAAAGGGGUCAGAAGCGAAUACGAGAACCUGAAGAUGAGGGAGAAGACAAUGACUAAGUGGAAUAACCUAUUUUGAAAAAUUCCUAUUGUGAUUUGACUGUUUUUACCCAUACCCCCCCUGAAAUCCCGCCCCCCGAAACUUAUUUUUUUCUGAUUGUAACGCUGCUGUGGGAACGAGAGGGGAAAAGUGUCCUGGGGCUUGUGGGGGGAGGGAGGGCGGAAGGGAGCGGAAUAAAGUACUAUUUUUACUGCCAAAAAAAAAAAAAAAAAAAAAAAAAAGAUCUAAGAAUUGAAUAAUAAUGCCUGUGAAAGUAUUUAAAACAAUGCUUAGAAAUACAAACAGCACUAUACCUAAGUUUUAGCUAUUAAUAUCUAGACAGGAAAGAGGGAAAGAGAAACAAAUCACAAGUGUGAUAAAUGGAAAGGAGGAGGUAUACUUUACAUAGAGUAAGGAGAGUAGUUUUCAUGAAGGAAAGGACUGGAAGAAGUCAUGCAAAGUCAGGCCAGCUAAUGGCCUUUACCGCCUAGUAAGAAUAACUAGAGAAACUAAGCACAAAGUAUUAUGAGGGUCAUGUUAAGUAUAAUCUACUAGAUUAGAAUAAUGCAUCUCAAAUUUUCCCCCUAAAUAUCCUUAAAUGCAGGACAGUGAAAAUACUGAUCUCUAGAUACCUGGUAAGAAAAUAAGCUAAGAAGUAUGUUUCUGGUUAUUCUUAAAAACUUAGAUUUUAGGGGCGCCUGGGUGGCUUAGUUGUUAAGCGUCUGCCUUCGGCUCAGGUCAUGAUCCCGGGGUCCUGGGAUCCAGCCCCACCAUCGGGCUCCCUGCUCCGCAGGAAAUCUGCUUCUCCCUCUCCCACUCCCCCUGCUUGUGUUCCCUCUCUCGCUGUGUCUCUGUCAAAUUAAAAAAAAAAAAAAAAAAAAAGUCCCAGAACAAAGUAGGAUGAGUUGGUCACCCUAAUUACUGGUGACUGAAAAACAAACUACCUCACUCAGGAAAAGAAAAAAGUGAGAAUACGCGGUGAUAUGCAAGUCUUAUCGUUAGUUACAGGAAUAAACUUGCACAUGAAAAGCAUCCAAUUUUUUAAAACUCCACCCCCACCCAAAAGACAAACUUUUAACAAACAAUAUAGCACAUCAUAGCAAAACACAGUACUUACAAAAGACUAGCUGCUUCCUGGAAUGCAUUGACAGCUGCUGGAAUAUCCCCCAUCACCAGAUGUUUCUGUCCUAAACCCAACAGUUUCUUAGCUUCAUUAUCCACAUCCAGACUGCAAGAAAAGUGGUAUUUUUCAAAUGUCAAAUACUUUUUAAAAUCAACGUUUUUUAAAUACCUGUUACAUUUAUAAACCAUUGUAUUUUAACUUCUUUAAACCUUUGACCACUCCAGCAAGGUUAAGCUAACUCACAUUUACCACUAUAAAAGCAAAAGAAAUCAUAAAGCAACAUUCAAGAGCUUUACUGGAUUUUCUUUAAAAGGUUUAUCUACUCACAAAGCCUAUAUUGUAUGUUACUACAAAUAUUUGCUAAUUAAGCAACAAAAAAAAAUCAUGAAAGAACCAUAUAUUCAUACAGCAAGUUAUACUACCUCUAAGAAAAAUAAAUCAAGAAACAUAUAGGUGGGGGCGCCUGGGUGGCUCAGUCGUUAAGUGUCUGCCUUCAGCUCAGGUCAUGAUCCCAGGAUCCUGGGAUCAAGCCCUGCAUCGGGCUCCCUGCUCCACAGGAAGCCUGCCUCUCCCUCUCCCCCAACUUGUGUUCCCUCUCUCACCGUGUCUCUCUCUGUCAAAUAAAUAAAAUCUUAAAAUACAAAACAAAACAAAAACAAAGAAAAGAAACAUUUAGGUAGACAGGGCAAGACAGUGAUCUCAAUAUAAUAUGUGGAAUUGACAUAAAUAAACGCAAAUAGAUAAAAUGGAACAGAGUACAAAAACAGAUCCACACAUACAACCACUUGAAAUUUUGACAAAGGUACCGAGACAAUUCAAUGGGGAAAGAAUAAUCUUUUCAACAAAUGGUGCUGGAAUAAUUGGAUAUCCACAUGCAAAAAAGUAAACCUCAACCUUAUUAUCACACCACAUACAAAAAUUAACUUCAAGUGGAUUAUAGACUUUAAUAUUUAUUUAUUUGUCAGAGAGAAAGAGAGAGCACAAGCAGGGAAGCAGUGGGGGCCCAAGGCAGAGAGAGAAGCAGGCUCCCCACUGAGCAGAGAGCCCGAUGCUGGGCUCGAUCCCAGGACCCUGCGAUUGUGACCUAAGCCAAAGACAGGUAUCCCUGGAUUAUAGACUGAAAACCAUAAAACUGGGGCACCUAGCUGGCUCAGUCUAUAGAGCAUGAGACUCUUAAUCUCAGGAUUGUUGAGUUUAAGACCCACAUUGGCUGUAGAGAUAACUUUUUUUUUUUUUUGUAGAGCUAACUUUUAAAAAAAUAUAUAUAGGGGUGCCUGGGUGGCUCAGUUAAGUGUCCAGCUACUCUUGGUUUCAACUCAGGUCAUCAUUUCAUGGGUUGUGGGAUCCAGCCCCAAGACAGGCUCCAUGCUCAGUGGGGAGUCGGCUUGAGGAUUCUUUCCCUCUGCCCCUCCCCACCACUGGUAUGCUCGUACUCUCUCCCCCAAAUAAAUAAAUCUUCGUGUGUGUGUGUGUGUGUGUGUGUGUGUGUGUGUGAGAGAGAGAGAGAGAGUGAAUAGCAUAUAUAUGUAUAUAUGCAUUUACAAAAAAUAGUCAAUAAAAACCUGCAGAUAUUCUGCAGAAGAAGGAAUAAACAGAAUUUAGAAUAGUGAUUGUCAAGCUAAGUGAACUUAGGAAUUAUCAGGAAGUUUUUUUAAAAAAACACACAAGCCUGAAUUCUACCUCAAGCUUAACAAAUAAAAUCUCUAGGGAUGCAACCCAUAAAUCUACCUUUUGGAUAAGCAUCCUAGUUAACUAUUAUGCGUACCUCAGGUUCAGAACCAUAGUCAUAUCAAGAGGGGAAGUUAUGUGGAAGUAGAUGUGGGCACAAUAUAAAAUUUAAAACUUUUAAACUAGAAUAACAUAAAAUUGAAAAUGGCAACCUUACAAAAUAGAGAUCUAAAUCAGUAGAAGUAUUCAAAGAAGGAAUAGGUUAGCAUUUGCCAGGCAUUUAACGAAUAAGGAGCAGAACUUUCAAUUCUAAUAUUUUAAUCAAAUGUGAAAAACCUGGAGACAUCAUUGUCAGGACUCCAUACUUUAAAUUACAGACAAGUACCUCAAUAUUCAGUCUUUUUUUUUCCCCCCAAGAUUUUAUUUAUUUGACAGAGAGAGACACAGCGAGAGGGAACACAAGCAGGGGGAGUGGGAGAGGGAGCAGCAGGCUUCCCAUGGAGCAGGGAGCCUGACCCGGGGCUCCUGACCUGAGCCGAAAGCAGACGUUUAACGACUGAGCCACCCAGGCGCCCCCUCAAUAUUCAGUCUUAACUGUUAUCUAUCAAAAAUAAUAGUGCCCUGGGUGCCUGGGUGGCUCAGUUGGUUAAGCGACUGCCUUCGGCUCAGGUCAUGAUCCUGGAGUCCCGGGAUCAAGUCCCGCAUCGGGCUUCCUGCUCGGCAGGGAGUCUGCUUCUCCCUCUGACCCUCCUCCCUCUCCUGCUCUCUGUCUCUCAUUCUCUCUCUCUCAAAUAAAUAAAUAAAAUCUUUAUAAUAAUAAUAAUGCUGCCCUUUGGGGCGCCUAAGUGGCUCAGUCAGUUAAGUCUGCCUUCGGCUCAAGUCACAAUUCCAGGGUUCUGGGAUUGAGCCCUACCUCAGGCUCCCUGCUCAGCAGGGAAUGUGCUUCUCCCUCCCAUCUGCCCGCCACUCCCCUGCUUGUGCUUCCUCUCUCUAUCAAAUAAAUAAAGCAAAUCUUUAAAUAAAUAAAUAAAUAAAUAAAAUACUGCCUUUAAAUUAUAUAGUUCUUAGUUUAUGUUCCAGAUAUAAAUCUAAUUACUCUGUAAAUAAUCUUACCUCUCCACUUUAUCUGCAGAGGUAGAAGGAGCAGGAGCAUCUUCUUCAAUCCUGUAAUGAAAAAUUAAGGGAAAAAUAAUUAAAAGGAAGGCCAUUUUAAGCCUGGAAAUUAAAUAAAGAAAAAUAUAAAGCCGUAAUAGAGCUACCAUUUAUUAAAUGCCCGAUAAGAUAUAAAGAUCUUAAAAGUGAUAUAAUAUAUACUAUUGGAGCCUGUAUAUAUAUAUAUAUGUGUGUGUAUAUAUAUAUAUACACAUAUAUAUGUAUAUACAUAUAUAAUCAAAUUUAAUCUUUAAUCAUUCAAGUAUCUGUUAUAAAUGCCUAUUUGCUAGGCAUGAGAUAUACUACAGUGAACAAAACAGUCACAUCCUAGCUUUGAGUUUAUGAUCAGUCACACCCUCUCUAAAAUAAAUCUUUCGUAAAAAUUUUUUUAAAUUGGUAAACAAAGUGAGAAAAAUUUACAAUACACUUGUAUUUGCAAUUUCUUUACAAUACAGUUGUACUUUAGAUAGGUUUAAAGACAUGGUUGAUUUAAGUUACUAUAUGGGAAUGCUAUAGAUUGACCCCGUGCACUUAGUAUUCAUUUAAAUCCUUGGCAUUUUGGGGGCUCUCUGCUUGGCAGGGAGUCUGCUUCUCCCUCUGCCUCCUACUUGUGCUCUCUUUCUCUCUCAAAUGAAUAAAUAAAAUCUUUUAAAAAUAUAAAUAAAUAAAACAGGGCGCGCCUGGAUGGUUCAGUCGUUAAGCGUCUGCCUUCAGCUCAGGUCAUGAUCCCAGGGUCCUGGGAUGGAGCCCUACAUCGGGCUCCCUGCUCUGCAGGAAGCCUGCUUCUCCCUCUCCCACUCCCCCUGCUUAUGUUCCCUCUCUCGCUGUGUCUCUCUGUCAAAUAAAGAAAUAAAAUCUAAAAAAAAAAAAAAAAAAAAAUGAAUGAAUGAAUGAAUGAAUAAAUAAAUAAAAACAGGGCUCCUGGGUGGCUCAGUUAAGCAUCUGCUUUCGGCUUGGAUCAUGAUCUCAGGGUCUGGGGAUCGAGCCGCACGUGGGGCUCUCUGCUCAGCAAGAAGUCUGCUUUUCCCUCCGCCUCCCGCUUGUGCUCUCACUCUGAGUAAAUAAAACCUUAAAAAAAAAAAAUCCUUGUCAUUUUUACCUGCCCUUUCAUCACUUUUCACAUAUAUCCCAAAGGUAAUACCCAGAAAAGGACAUAUAUCAUUUGUAAAUGUGCCCCCAAAGCACACCAGAUCUCAAAUGAGAUUUGAGAAUGCUGUUUGUUAAUUGGUGAAAUAGAGAGGGGCGCCUGGGUGGCCCAGUUGCUUAAGUGUCAGACUCUUGAUUUCAGCUCAGGUCUUGAUCUCAGGGUUUUGAGUUCAAGCCCUGCAUUGGGCUCCACACUGAGCACAGAGCCUACUUAAAAAACAAACAAAACUGGUAAAAUGGAGAAAAGUACAGUGGGGAAAGAGGCAACCUUACUACAGGUACUUUACUACCAAGUACUACUCAGAAUUGGAAUACAUACUGCAAGAAAGAAGUAUGAGAACAGAAGCUAUAGAAGAUAAAAAGGAUCUCCUAUGUGGACAAUUACUGAAAACUCUCCACAAGGUUAAAAACAACACAAAUAGAAUGGAGUCUAUUAGUUUUCUACAACUGGGCUUUCUUCUUGUUUAGCUGUAACAAAUUUAUGAAGAGAACACAUGCAAUAUGUACAAAAACAAAUGAUCAAUGAAAAAACAGCUUAUUCAAUUCAAUAAAUAUUAAAUCUAAUAGACAUUUUAAUUUUAGUACCUACUGUGUGCACUGGAGACAGACAGUCUCCAACCAAACAGUUAAAAAAGCAGAGGGGACAGGGGGCAUCUGUCUGGCUCAGUCGGUAGAGCAAGGGACUCUUGAUCUCGGGGGUUGUGAGUUCAAGCCCCACCUUGGGUGUAGAGAUCACUAAAAAAAACAAAUAAACUUAAAAAAAAAAAAAGCAGAGGGGACAGCUUGUUUAGAAACACAGAGAAAGGCAGAAGCGAUUAAAUGACACGUGAGGAUUAACUAUACUGGAGUCUCAGUCCCAGAACAUGCUUUAAAGACAAAAGUAUAUAUUUUUUAAAGUUGUCAGUUAUGGGGCGCCUGGGUGGCUCAGUCGUUGAGCGUCUGCCUUCAGCUCAGGUCAUGAUCCCAGAGUUCUGGGAUCAAGCCCGGCAUCGGGCUCCCUGCUCCAUGGGGAGCCUUCUCCCUCUCCCUCUGCUUGUGUUCCCUCUCUCGUUGUGUCUGUCAAAUAAAUAAAUAAAAUCUUAAAAAAAAAAAAAAAAA